AUGGUUUUUGAAAGCAUUGUUGCUGAUUUACUCAAUAGAUUUUUGGGUGAUUUUGUUGAUAACUUAGAUGCAAGUCAACUUAAUAUUGGUAUAUGGGGAGGAGAUGUGAAAUUAAAAGAUUUAGAUGUAAAGGAAACAGCAUUAGAUGAUUUAGAUUUACCUGUAAAAUUAAAAUUUGGUUAUUUAUCUACAUUAGUUUUAAAAAUACCAUGGAAAAAUUUAUACACAGAACCUGUUAUUGCUGAUAUUGAAGGUUUACAUUUAAUUGUUGUUCCAUCUAAAGGAAUUGUUUAUAAUGCUGAGAAAACAGAGAAAAAUGUAAUGGAAACUAAGAAAAAAGCAUUAGAUCGCCUUGAAGAUGCUAGAAAAGAAAAAAGAAAACCAAAAGACCCAGCUGCCGAUACGUUUAGUGAAAAGAUGAUUGCUCAAAUAAUAAAAAACCUUCAAAUAAAGAUAAGAAAUAUACAUAUUAGAUAUGAAGACAAAUAUACAAAUAGAAAUAGACCUUUUGCUGCUGGUAUUACAUUAGAAGGUUUAGAUUUUAUGACAACAGACGAAAAUUGGAAAGCAACAAUUCACAAAGAUGUUGUUAAGAUUGUUCAUAAACUUAUUUCUAUGAAUAAUCUUUCUGUAUAUUGGAAUUCAAAUACACGUCUUAUUUCUGAUUUAAAAACAAAAGAAGAAAUCAAACGUGAAAUGCAUAAUGGUAUUACCACACAAUCUCAUAGAUUAAAAGAUUUUAAAUUUAUUUUGGAACCAAUAAAUUUGGAAGCCAAACUUGCAAUGAAUCAAAAACCUGAAUCUGAUGGAUCUAAUUGGACAAUACCAAAAAUUGAUUUGAAGGCUGGUAUGGAUCAAUUAGCUUUGGUUAUUGGUAAAUGUCAGUAUCAAGAUAUUUUACUAUUUCUUGAAGGACAAGAAAGAUUUAAUUUAUCUGCAAAAUAUGUCAAAUAUAGACCUGAUUUGGUUGAGUAUAAAGGUCAUUAUAAAAUUUGGUGGAAAUUUGCUUAUAAUUGUGUUCUUCAAGAAAAUAUAAGAAGAAAAAAAGAAAAUUGGUCAUGGAUUCGUAUGAAAGAACAUCGAAAAUUAUUUAAAGACUAUCGUUUGGCAUGGAUUCAUAAUCAAACAGAAACAAGUCUCUCUAAUAAAGAUAAAGAAAUAAUAGAGAAAGCUGAAAAGAAAUUAGAUGUAUUUAAUUUAAAUAUUGCCCGUCAACAGGCUGAAAUGGAAAUUGAUAGAUUAGGUUUAAAAAGAACAGAAGAUCAACCAACAGGUUGGGUUAACUGGGCAUCUUCAUGGUGGGGAAGUAGUAAUUCAUCAAAUUCUGCUUCAUUAAAAUCGACAGGAAACAUUGCUAAACAAUUUGAACAAGCUAUGACACCAGAAGAGAAAGCAAAAUUAUUUGAGGCAAUUGAUUAUCAAGAAAAUACACCACCAACAAAUUAUCCAAAACAUUAUGUUGAAAAUGUAAUAAAAUUUAAUUUGAAACAAUUAAAAGUAAUGGUUGAAGAUGCAUUAGAAUUGAAAUUUAGUGAUUUGAAUGUUGACUUAAAACAACGACCAUCUGCACGUGCUAUUCAUCUUAUUAGUGCUAUUAAGACAGUCACUAUGACAGGUUGUGGCAUACCAAUGAUGUCAGUAAUUGAUGAAAAUAUGAAAUGGUUAACUAUGGAAGUUGAAACAAAUCCUUUAGAUAAAAAUUUUGAUCAAAGUGUUUUUCUUCAAAUUGCACCUAUUAUGUUAAAAUACCAUGCUCCAGCAAUCAACACUGCUAUUGAUGUUUUCAAACCACCCGAAUCUGUAAAAUUGAAUCAACUUACAGCAGCAGCAAUGGCAAGUUAUGAAGAUGUUAAGGCACGUUCUGUAACAGGCUUAUCUCAUGCAGUAGAUCAAAAAUCUAAAUUAAAAUUAGAUAUAAGACUUCAUCCAGCUACCAUUGUUAUUUCUGAAACUGGUGUUUUUAAUGAAGAAAAACCAACUUUAGUUGCUGAUCUUGGUAUGCUUACUAUACAAACAACAGAUGAAACACAUGGUGCUUAUGAUAAUGUCAAAGAUGAAAAAUUAAGAAAAUUAAUGAUAAAAGCUUAUGACAAAUUUCAUGUUGAACUUUCUAAUGUUCAAAUAAUACUUGCAGAAAAUUUCAAUAAAUGCAUGGAAAAUAAAAGUGGUAAAUUAUCUAAGUAUCAUGUUCUUGAACCAACAGGUCUUGAUAUCAAAAUACACAAAAGUUCUAUUGAUGAUCUACAGAUUGCAAAAAUAAGAAUGUUUGGUAAUUUACCUGAUUUUAAAAUAAGAAUUUCAGACAAUAGAUUAUUAAUGUUAAUGGGACUUGUUUUUUCCAUUCCGACACCACCUCCUGAUCCUGUAACUGAAAGUGAAUUGGAAAUGAUUGAAGCUUCAUUGAGGCCAAAAUUAAAAGACCGUGCAAAAAUCAAAGCUAUAAUGGAUGCACAAAAUGUUGAUACAAUUACUGAUACCUCAACAGAUAAAACACAAGAUGAUGAAGAUGCAGAGAGGCAGAGAAUGUUAGAUCUUCAGCAAGUUCAGGUUGACAUAAAUUUAAAACUUAAUGAAGUUGCAUUUAUUCUAUUAAAAGAUGAUGAAGAAAUUUUGAAUGCUUCGAUUCGUAGAUUUGUUUGUGAUGUAAAAAUGCGAACAUUUGAUGUUAAAGUUCAAUUAAAACUUGGUGAUAUUGUUGUAACACAACCUCAAUUUAAAUCGUUAGAUGGAAAAAGAUCAAUAUUGUAUUUAAUUGACAAUCAAUUAGAUAUUGAUGAACAUCUUAUUACAAUGAAUUUUAUUCAAGCAAAUCCUGAAAGUCCAUUUUUUGAAAAAGAAUAUAAAUCUACAUUACAGGCAAUAACUUUUGAUUUUAAGUCAUUAAAUUUAUCACUCAAUCAACAAGCUUUAGUUUCUCUAAAAACAUAUGGCGAACAGUUACAAAAACGUAUAGAAAAUGUACAAGCUGCAAAAGAUACUGUAAAACCUGAAGUUCGUGAAACAGCAAAAAGAAAAAUUAGUACUUCUAGUGUUCAAUCAAUUUCAAAGAUAAUGAUUGGUCAAUCUAAAUCAUCUAAAAAGGAGAAGAAACUUAUAAAAAAAGAUAUCAAAAAAGAAGUUGAUGAAACAAAGAUAAUUCAAAUGUCGUUACAUGCUAACUUCAAUUCAUUAGCUUUACUUAUUGGAACCGAAAAAGAUGGUUUGUUAACAGAUGCAGUAAUCAAAUCAGUUCGUUGUAGCGUAGAAAUGACACCUAAAAAAAUGAAUGUAUUUGCUGCAAUGAAAGAAAUUACUAUGAAUGAUUAUCAUCCCAAAUCAAUACAUCAUUGCCUUCUUCAGGUAGAUGGAGAUCAUGAAAUGUUUACAAUGUACUUUACACAAUAUAAUCGAACUGAAAAAGAAAAAUCUCACAUGUCUAUAGAUGAUGUUGAUAUGGAUGUAAAAAUAAAUUUUGCACAGAUAAAGUUUAUUUUUUUAAAUGCAUGGGUUAGUAGAAUGUUAAAUUGGAUUGUGCCAUUCCAAGCAGAGGCUCAAAAUGCUGCCAUUGUUGCUAAAGCAAAAGCUUCUGAAAAAGCUACACAAGCAGCACAAAAUGUUAAACAAAUAAUGGAACAAUCUCCUCCGAAAAUAAAAAUGGAUAUUGAAUUAGGGGCUCCAACUAUAAUUGUACCAAAAAUAUCUCAUUCAUAUGAGGCUAUAUUUGUUAAUUUUGGUAAACUUAAAAUUACAAAUAGUUUCUUUAAUGGUGUUGGAGAGGAUAAGUCUAUUAUUGAUAAUAUGGAAAUAUCAUUAACAGAUACUUCUAUUUUUGGUGGUCAACUUAAGAAGAAUGAAAAUGAUACACCAUUAAAAUGCGAAAUUUUGAAACCUGUUACUUUUACUUUAAAUGUCAAAAGAAAUCUAUGUUACAGUUGGUACAAAGAAUUUCCUGAAAUUAUGAUAGAAGCUACAAUGCCUGAACUUGAUGUUAGUAUGUCACAAGGUGAUUAUGCUAAUAUUAUGCAUACAUUAAGUGGAAAUUUAGCUGAAGGUGAAGUCGUUGCUGAAGAACAACCUCCAGUAUCACCUUCUGUAACAGAAUCUGAUAAAAUUGUUCACCUUAAUUUAAAUAAAACUGCAAAAAAUGAUGGUAAAGAAAAGUUAUUAACAACCAUAAGUGAAGAAGAACCACCAAAAAAAAUAUUGAAUUCUAUGCCAAGAUUAAUAUUUUCAUUUAAAAUUGGUCUUAUUCGAGCUGGUUUAUAUAGAGGAAACUCAUUACCAGAUAAUUUAAGUGAAAAUAAAACUGCAGUUGAAUCUAUGACAAUACCAAGAGAUGCAUUUAAGGCUUUUGCAGCAAUGUCUAUUCAUGGAACUAAGUUAUCUGGUAUGAUGGGUGAAGAUGGUUCAAUGGCUGCUGAAAUAAUAAUUAAAUCUUUUACUAUGAAUGAUGAAAGAAAGGAUGCAACAAAAAUUAAGAGAUUACUUGAUAGAAAGUUUGAUGGAACAGCAUCUACAAGAGAUUUACCUUUUGCACAUAUUAAUUAUAAAAAAGAUUCGUCUAAUAACAUGAUAGCUGAAGUUGUAACAUCAUCCUUUUUUAUAUGUCUAUCACCAGAAUUUUUGGCUAUUUUAUCAUCAUUCUUUAUUGUUCCUCCUUUUAAAGAAGCUGAAGAUUUGCAGAAAAUGAAGGAACAAGCAAAUGCUUUGAAAUUAGCUAAAAGUCCUCCUCUUGUUAAUGAAGCAUCAGUUUUAUCAACAACUCAGGUUAAAAAAAUUGAAUCACCAGAAUCAACUAAAUUAACCACUGGUACAAUGACAAUACGAUGUGAUAUUCGUGAAAUGGAAGUAAUUUUAAUUGAAAAACCAAUGGAUCCAGAAAAUUCACAAGCUAUGAUAUUAAGUUUUAAUUGUAAAUUAGAUGCAGAUCAUAAAGAUGAUACACAAUAUGUUAGUGGUGGUGUCAAUGAUUUACAAAUUUUUAGUACAUAUUAUGCUGAAUCAAAAAAACAUUUAUGUCAUUAUCCUGUUCUUCAACCAUUAAAUAUUAAUAUGAAAGGAAGUAUAAACGAUGCAACAAAGGAUACUGAACUCAAUAUUGAAGUCGAAGAUGUAAUCUUAAGAAUAUCACCUUCAAUUAUACGUCUUUUAUCUGCUGUUAGUCAGGAGUAUAGUAGAAACCAAAUAUCACAAGCAAUAGAUAGUAAGAAAUCUGCUGGAUUGAUUGCUUACCCUAACUAUUGGUCACCAAAACGAUUUGAAAAAAAAAGUUAUCAUUGGUUUGUUUCUGAAGCAGUUGAAUGUACAAAUUAUUUUGACGACGAAGUUAAAAAAGCUACUUCAUUGGUUAGACCUGUUGAAAAAUUGUUAUUUAAAAUGCCUAAACUUCUUGUUACUAUGGAAUCUGGAACUGAAAAGGCUACACAACCAUUAAUUAAAUUUGAGUCAACUAUGAAAGCUAUUGUUUUUGAUUGGUCAUCAUUACUUGCUGUUGAUGCUAGUUUAACAAUACAAAUGAAUUAUUAUAAUGAAUCUUUAAGUAUUUGGGAACCAAUAAUCGAACCAGUAGUAACAAAAGAUGGAUCUAUUGGACCAUGGACAUUAAAGUGUAAUAUUGAAAGUUGUACUCAAGUUCCUGAUAUAUGUGUUAUUGAUGGUGAAACAGAGGAUGAAAAAGAAAAAAGACGAAAAACUCCUAAACAGAGAAUAAAAAUACAAUCAAAAGAUUAUUUGAACGUUACUAUAACAAAAAGUUGCAUAUUAUUAUUGUACAAACUUUCUGAAGCAUUUGAAAAAGCUGCUAAACAAGCAACACCGCCCCAAUCACGUGAAUUUCCAGGAACUAGUCCAUAUCUUAUUAUAAAUGAAACUGGUUUAGUUAUUAAGGUAGGAAAUUCUGAUUCUAUGAAAGUUUCUGAUGACAAUAGUGAUAUUGAUAUUCCACAUAGUGAACCAAUUGAUUUAGAAGUAAUUGGAUGGGAACAUAGUACAGGAUUAAUGUUAGAAGACGAUGACAGAUCAGCUGAUUUAUUAUUGAAAUUGCUUGGAACAGAAAGAGAAAUAUCUGUAUUAAGAGCAGAAUCUCGUAUCAUACCACUUGGCAAAACAUCUGAAGGUGGUAGAUUAUGGAAUAUGCUUGUUGAAACAGUUGCUGAACAUAACAGAAAAAUUAUAUAUUUAAGAUCACUUGUCAAAUUUGUUAAUCAUAUGGAUAUACCAUUUGAAAUAUUAUCACAAAGGGAAAAUCAUCUUGAUACAUGUGGAAUUUCAGUUAAAAAUAGUGAACCUAUGAUUGUACCAAUUGCAUAUUUAUAUACAGUUACUGGAGAAUUUUUCCUACGUCCUGUUGGCAAUGAAUAUGAUGUUAGUGCUGAGUCAAUUAGUUGGUAUGAUUUCAAAACUGAUAAUAGAGCAUGGAUACGUUGUGAACAUUCAACUUCACCAAAUAAUGCUUUAUUUGCUGAACUUGUUGUUAUUCCAACAGCUGUCUUUCCAGAGAAAGGUGAUUUAAGGAGUGAUGUUUCUUAUACUGUUCAUAUCUUUCCUAUUUUAACAUUUAAAAAUUUACUUCCAUUCCCCAUAACUAUUAAGGAUAAAGAUAUUACUGUAUUAGAAGGUGGUUGUGAAAAAAAUAUGAAUAUUUAUGAAGGAAGUAACUUUAUUGUAUCAUUCGAUUAUAAUAAUGAAACUUAUGAAGCUGAUUAUACUUUUGAACAUACUACAGAUGUUGAAAAAGUUUUAUACUUUAUUGGUAAAAAGAAUCCAUCAUUAGAAAUGUAUCUUGGAUUACAUUUUGGUAGAGAGCACCAUAAACAAGAAGUUUCUAUUUAUGCACCAUAUUGGAUUGUAAAUAAAACAGGCAAAAAAAUAAAAUACAUGGAUACCUCUACUUAUAUAGCUACUAAGAUUUGUUGUUUCACGUGUUCUAAAAAUAAGGAUAUUAGAAAAAGAUCUUCAUCAAUAUCACAGAUUUCUCAAACAAUAGAACAUAAACCAACAAUGAAUCCUGUUAUUAUGUCGUAUCCAACUUCUGAUCCAUUAAUGAAAUCAAAAAUUAAAUUUGCUGUUGAAGAUUCAAACUUUUCUAGUGAAUUUCCUAUUUCAAAUGCUGGUACAACAUCUAGAGUUAUGUGUACUGAUGAAAAUGGUAGAAAAUAUGAUGUUACAUUAGAGAUUGUUCUUAGUCAUAAUGGAUUAACAAAAAUUGUUACAUUUUCUCCAUUCUUCUUACUUUAUAAUGACAGUCUUGUUGAUAUGGAGGUUCGUGAACCUGAUUUUAAUGAAUGGAUAAAUGUACCAGCAGAAUCAUGUACUGGACUUUGGCCACAACAAACAGCCAAAAGGAUGACAUUAAAUGCAAGGUACGCCUCAACAAAAGAAGAAUCUAUUGCUUUUCCAUUUACCGAAACAUUUGAAUCUUUUUGUCGUAUUAAUAAUGAUUUUCUUGGAAUGUAUGUAACAUGUUCUGUUACAGAAUCAUCAUCUGUUGUUCAUAUAGAACCAUAUCAAAUUGGAAUGGCUCCAAUUGUUUUGAUGAAUGCUACACCUAAACCAGUGAAAUUUAAACAAAAAGGUACACAAGAUUUAUAUGAAUUAAAACCAAAUAAUAUGCAACCAUUUACUUGGUCUGAUGUUUUAUCUAACGAACGUCUUCUUGAAUGGACAAAUGGAGAUUAUUCUGCUUACAAUGAUUUACAUAAAAAUGAUUAUAGAAGCUACAUGGCUUCUAAAGAUAGAACAUGUUUUUAUUGGGUAUCAUUUUUAAAUGGAAGACAAAGAAUACUUUUAUUUACAGAUGAACUUGAAGUUGCAGAAAAAGCUAUCCAAAAAAAUACUAAUGAUAGAAUGGAUAUGGAACUUGAAUUUACAUUACAUGGUAUGGGUAUUUCAUUAGUUAAUAAUGUACUUGGUCAAGAAUUGAUAUAUAUGUCAAUAAAACAUUCAAAAAUUAUUUGGGAACGUGAAUAUAAAAAUAGAUAUAAAUGUUUCCCACAAGGAGUUAUUGAUGUACUGGAAGAAGGUCAUGUCAAAUGGUUAGAAAAUAAUAAAUCAGCAGAAGAAAUCAAUUUUAAUGGUGAAUCAUUUAAUUUUAAUAGAAUGAUAUAUAAGAAAAAAGGAAAAGAGUUUAAACUUGUUAGACACUUUAAGCCUGGUAUUUAUAUAAAAAUGUCUUCAAAUAAUGUUAGAAAAAAUAUUACUUUCCAGGUAUUUUCAGUUCAAAUUGACAAUCAUCUUGAAGCAUGUACUUUUCCACUUGUUCUUCAUGUCGUUCCUCCACCAAAAUCUGUUAUUAAAAAUUCUGAGCCUAAACCUUUUAUUGAUCUUGCUAUUUAUCAACAACAACCAGAAGGUUCUCCCAUUGUUCAAUAUCAAUAUUUUGCUUUACUUUUACAAGAAUUUUCUGUUCAAGCUGAUAUGGGAUUAUUAGCAGCUAUGAUGGAUUUUAUUGCUGCUAGUUCAGCCAGUAAACCAUAUACAAAAGAAAUAUAUCAAAAGGAUAUUGAAUAUACACAAAUUAAACUUUCUGAUAAAGCUGUUUCAACGGCAGCUAGUGUUCAAAAAUGUCUUUUUGAUGAUUUUAGUUUUUCACCACUUAUGAUACAUUUAAGUUUUACAUUAAAUAGUCUUAGUCCAACUCUUGAUGAAGAUCAAAAACAAGCUGCUCAUUCGCAAUUAGAAGUUUUAAAUGUUCUCCUUAAAUCAGUUGGUGCAUCUAUAACAAAUAUUGCUAAUAUUCAAGAUAUUGUUUUAAAAUUAGCUAGUUUUGAAAGAAAAAAUGCAUAUAUGGAUUUUGGAAAAUUAUCAAGUGAAAUUCAAAGCCAUUAUAUGUCACAAGCUUUAAAACAAUUUUAUGUAUUAGUUCUUGGUUUAGAUAUUAUUGGAAAUCCAUUUGGUUUAGUUAGAGAUUUAUCUUCUGGUGUUGAAGAUUUAUUUUAUCAACCAAUAACUGGUUUUGUACAAGGUCCUGAAGAGUUUGCCGAAGGUAUUGCUAUUGGAGUUUCCAGUGCAUUCAGUCAUACAAUUGGUGGUGUUUCGGGUGCUGCUAGUAGGAUAACAGGAACACUUGGUAAAGGUGUUGCUGCACUUACCUUAGAUGAAGAUUAUCAAAGAAAAAGGCAAGAAGAAUUAAAUAGAAGACCACAAACAUUUGGACAAGGUAUGGCUAGAGGUGUUAAAGGUUUUGGAGCUGGUAUUAUUGAUGGUAUUACUGGUGUAGCAACAAAACCAAUUGAAGGUGCUAAAGAAGGUGGAUUAGGUGGUUUUGCUAAAGGUGUUGGUAUUGGACUUGUUGGUGUUGUUACAAGACCAAUCUCUGGUACAGUUGAUAUGGCUAGUGGUACACUUAAUGCUAUUAAAGUUUGUGCUUCUGGUAAUCAAUUUAUUGAAUCAGCUAGACCAAUGAGAUAUAUUCAUAAAGAUAAAGUUGUAAGACCAUAUAAUCACUAUGAAGCAAAAGGAUAUAAAUUCUUUAGACAAGCUGAAGAAGGAAGAUAUAUAGAAACAGAUACGUUUAUUGUUCAUGGAAUUAUUGCUGACAAAAAUAUACUUAUUGUAACGGAUAAAAGAUUAUUUAUUGUCAGUAAACAUUGUGUAACAGGAGCCUUCAAUACACAAUGGGAAAUGUUAUAUAACGAAAUAACAGAACCACAACAAGUAAAUUUAUGUAUUCGAAUAAUACCAAAAAUUCAGAAAAAAGGAUUUCUUGGUUUAGGAAAAGUUAAAUCAAAAGAUAUUGAAUUACUACGUGACGAUGAUGUUAAACUUGUUUAUCAAAAACUUCUCAAAGCAUAUAAUAUUUACAACUCAUAA